AUGCUUCAGUUCCUGCUCUUCACCUGCCUCUUCAUCACAGUAACACUUGGGUCACCAGUGGCCCUAGAUCCUUGUUCUGCUUACAUCAGCCUGAAUGAGCCGUGGAGGAACACUGACCACCAAUUUGAUGAGUCUCAAGGUUCCCCUCUGUGUGACAACAAUGUGGAUGGGGAGUGGUACCGCUUCACAGGCAUGGCAGGAGAUGCCAUGCCCACCUUCUGCAUACCAGAAAACCACUGCGGAACCCAUGCACCUGUCUGGCUCAAUGGCAGCCACCCUCUGGAAGGUGAUGGCAUUGUGCAACGCCAGGCCUGUGCGAGCUUCAGUGGGAACUGCUGCCUCUGGAACACCACGGUGGAGGUCAAGGCUUGCCCUGGAGGCUACUAUGUGUAUCGUCUGGCCAAGCCCAGCGUCUGCUUUCAUGUCUACUGUGGUUAUUUUUAUGACAUCUGUGAUGAGGACUGCCACGGCAGCUGCCUGGAUACCAGUGGGUGCACGUGCUCUCCAGGAACCGUGCUAGGCCCCGACAGACAGACAUGCUUUGAUGAAAAUGAAUGUGAACAAAACAAUGGUGGCUGCAGCGAGAUCUGUGUAAACCUCAAAAAUUCAUAUCGCUGUGAGUGUGGGGUUGGCCGUGUGCUAAGAAGUGAUGGCAAGACAUGUGAAGACAUUGAGGGAUGCCACAAUAACAAUGGCGGCUGCAGCCAUUCUUGCCUUAUGUCUGAGAAGGGCUAUCAGUGUGAAUGUCCCCGGGGCUUGGUGCUGUCUGAGGAUAACCACACUUGCCAAGUCCCCGUGUUCUGCAAGUCGAACACCAUUGAAGUGAGCAUCCCCAGGGACCUGGUCGGCGGUCUGGAGCUCUUCCUAACCAACACCUCCUGCCGAGGCGUGUCCAAUGGCACCCACGUCAACAUCCUCUUCUCCCUCAAGACAUGUGGCACAGUGGUCGAGGUGGUGAACGACAAAAUCGUGGCUAGCAACCUUGUGACAGGUCUACCCAAGCAGACCCCAGGGAGCAGCGGCGACAUCAUCAUCCGGACCAGCAAACUGCUGAUCCCUGUGACGUGUGAGUUCCCGCGCCUGUACACCAUUUCCGAAGGCUACGUUCCCAACCUUCGCAACACCCCGCUGGAAAUCAUGAGCCGCAGUCACGGGAUCUUCCCUUUCACUCUGGAGAUCUUCAAGGACCAUGAGUUCGAAGAGCCUUACCGGGAAGCUCUUCCCACCCUCAAGCUGCGAGACUCCCUCUACUUUGGCAUUGAGCCCCUGGUGCACGUGAAUGGCUUAGAAAGCCUGGUGGAGAGCUGCUUUGCCACCCCUACGUCCAAGAUCGACGAGAUCCUGAAGUACUACCUCAUCCGGGAUGGCUGUGUUUCAGAUGACUCAGUAAAGCAGUACACAUCACGGGAUCACCUCGCAAAACACUUCCAGGUCCCUGUCUUCAAGUUUGUGGGCAAAGACCACAAGGAAGUGUUCCUGCACUGCCGGGUCCUUGUCUGCGGGAUGCUGGACGAGCGUUCCCGCUGUGCCCAGGGCUGCCACCAGCGAAUGCGUCGUGAGGCAGUAGGAGGAGAGAAUGACAGUGGUCCACAGAGCCAGGUGCUGACAGGCGGCCCCAUCAGCAUUGACUGGGAGGACUAGGGUGACCCAGCACCCGAGUCCUACUUCUGGCUGCCUAUCUCUAUGGAAUUCUCCC